AUGUAUCAAAUUGCUCUUCUAAUGCUUGUUUUCGUACCUUUGACUUCGUCACUAGCUAUAUACGAUCAGUGCGGUGGUGAGGGUUAUAGAGGAUCCACUUAUUGUAAUUGGCCACUGCAAUGUUUUCAACGUUCGCGUUGGUAUUCAUCGUGCCAAAUGUCAUGCCCAGGAGGAGAUUGGGAAUGCGCUAGAACUGGUGGCUCUAAUGGUCGUGGUGCUCUAGCAUGGGAACAAUGCGGUGGCGAUGGUUGGAAUGGUCCGCGAUGGUGUACUGAAUAUCCAUGCAGAGCUCGAUCUGUCUGGUACUCUCAGUGCCGACCAGAUUGUCCUGAUGGAUGGCUUUGCACAGGAAAGCCAACAUCGAUUGCUCCCGUUAUCUCCACUAUUGGGUCGACAUCAUCGAUGCCGAUUAUUACUGGGUCGACAUCAACAAUGCCGAUUAUUACUGGGUCGACAUCAACAAUACCGAUUAUUACUGGAUCAACAACAUCAUCGAUGCCAAUUAUUACCGGAUCGACAUCAUCAAUGCCGAUUAUUACUGGAUCAACAACAUCAUCGAUGCCAAUUAUUACCGGAUCAAAAACUAGCACGCCGAGCACUACAGAAACAACAUUCACCAUGCCAACUAUCACAUUAGAACCAUAA